UUUUGUUUUACAUUUAAUCCCAAUGACUUAUUUUCAGUUUUCAUGGGCAGCAGAGGCUUGCAGGGGAAGUAAUUCUCUUUUUCGUUCGAAGUUCUUAGACGAAGUUAGUUGUAAAGUAAGUAAAAUGUCAUACUCUGUGUUUGUACGACGUUUUUUAUGGCGUACAUCGGCACUUUAUGGACGGAAAAGUGUUUUUGUGUCGUUGUCUUGUCGCCGACAAAUCUAUAUUUGUGGAAAAAAGUGUCAGAGACGUGAUGGUCCUCGCAGUCUGAAUGAAGACACGAGCAAACCUCAUGAAUUGACUGUAGAGGACAAACAUACCACGGAUGAACAAGUUCCGCUUAUUGUAAGAUUGCUGCGUAAAAAUCAACAGCAUGCGGAUUCUAACCAUCCGUCUACCAGUCAGGAAGUAGAUAAACUUUCACUCGAAGAUCUGAGAACGUCACUUGAAGACAUUUCAUGGGACACUCAAGCAAGUAUAAGGCGGGGUCACUUAGGAUCGCUUGAGGCUGAAUUGCUGGAGGAUGAAUUAAAUGAGAAAGAAGAUGAAUCUGACCAGCAAGAGUCAUUUGUUAAUGACAGUAAUCCAGAAAUGUCUUUCAUUGAAGACAUUUAUCUUGAUGACGAUGUAGCAGAAACUAAAAAAAUUUCUAAAUCAAGAAAGGGUAAGCAUUUAGUGAAAGGGAGCCCGGAUCCUUCCGUACCCAAGAGUGGUGUUCCUUGUUCUGGAUGUGGGGCAGACCUACAUUGUCAGGAUCCGAUAAUUCCAGGGUAUAUGCCUAGUGAGAAAUUCAAAUGCCUGACUAAAAAAGAGAUGGAAACUAGCAGGUGUCAACGUUGUUAUCUCAUCACUGUGCACAAUAUGUAUCUCAAUGUGAAGGUCCCAGCCAACAUAUACCCAAAGAUCAUGAGUGAAAUCAAACACACUCAUGCUUUGGUCCUGCUGGUUGUGGAUUUGUUUGACAUGGAGAACAGUGUAUUUAAAAACCUUCUAAAUUAUAUUGGCAAGACAAGACCUCUCUUUAUUGUGGGUAACAAAGUGGACUUGAUUCCCAGGGACAGAAAGGGAUAUCUUGAAAAGCUCAAGGAGAGACUGUUCAAUAUAUGUGACUCAGCUGGACUAAACCCAACUAAGAAAAACAUCAAGCAUGUAUGUUUGGUCAGUGCAAAGACAGGUUAUGGGAUUGAGGAGCUGAUUACAAAACUUAUGAAAGAGUGGAAAUUGAAAGGAGACGUAUUUGUAGUGGGAUGUACAAAUGUUGGGAAAUCCACACUUUUCAAUGCCUUGCUGAUGUCAGACUACUGCAAGAGUAUUGCUCGCAGCCACAUAAACAGAGCUACAGUCUCGGUUUGGCCAGGGACAACUGAACUUGCUCAGUUUCCUAUUGUGAAUCCAGAGCCUUGGCGAUUGAUGCUAAGAACUGCAAGAGUGAUGAAAGACCGUGCAAAGUUUUCUGAAGAAGAAUGGAUGCAAAAUUCACAAUCAGAUCGUAAAACUUCAGUCCUUAAAGGUCAUGUAGGCAUCACCGACUUCCGUGGUAAAAAAGCUAUUGCAGAAGAUGAGGCUAGAAUGAAGAGUGAGACCAUCUGUCAGGAUAUUGUCAGCUUCAGUCUUGACAAGGAGGGGAAAGUUCAGGAAAUAUCUGGCCAGAAACAGAUUAAAGGUUUCAACCCAACAAUGCCUGAGUACAACCCUGAGUCAAUGAAGCUGUAUUGGGCUUAUGAUACACCAGGGGUUAUUAACCCAGAACAAAUCAUCAACCUGCUGGAACCAGAAGAGCUGGCUAUUGUACUUCCAAAGUCCUUUGUUCAGCCACGCUGCUUAGUGCUGAAGCCAGGCCAGGUUUUGUUUAUUUCAGGAAUGGGUCGUAUUGAUUAUUUCAAGGGCAAUACCUCCAUCUACCUGACUGUUCAUUGUUGCAAUGAAAUUCCACUUCAUGUCAAGGAUGGUCAUGAAGCAGACAACUUCUACCAGCAGGCAUGGGGCAGUAGUCAGCUGGGCGUGCCACUGAGACAUAAUGAGCACCUACUGAAGAUUCCUUCGCUUGUUGGUCGGGAGUUUGAAAUCACUGGCAUUGGCUGGAAACUGGCUGCUGCUGAUAUUCACCUUUCGUCAUUAGGCUGGGUGUCAGUUGCAGCUGGUCAAGGGAUGGGAGUACAACUUCGAGCAUUUACACCAGGUGCUAGAGGCCUUCACUUGAGAUCUCCAUCAUUGUUACCCGAGUUUACUGGCUUUCGUGGAAAACGGAAAGGAAAGACUCCAUUUUAUAAUUUUCCAGGAGCUAGACAUAAUAAAAGAUGAUGGCAAAUGCAAGAACAAUGACUGAAUGUUACAGACCCUUUUUGUAAAGCUACAUGGCAUAGAUGCAUAUGGUAUUUAGUUGGAUAUCAUGUGCAUAUAAUUUGUUGCUUAUGAGUGCAUUGAGAAGAGAAAAUAAACAUGCAUGUCAAUGAAG